CUGCUAGUGCUGCUGUUGCAUUGGGAGUCCCCGGGCUGGGCUGUGAUAUUGAUUGGUGUUACGUCAGUUGUAUCAAUCGCCACUGUUCUGUGAUAGCAAAUGCAUGGCCAUUCGCAUGUGAUACUCCUGCUAUGAGCCUUCUGCGUAGGUCAUCAUCGUUUCUGGGUAGCAAGGUUGCUUCGAUUCCAGGUUUACCCGUACGAGGCAAUGACAGAUUCGGCAAGGCGCUUUGUACAGUUCCAGCGGUGAGUGUUCGCGUCUUGGCUAGGCAUUACUGGCGUCGAACCCGUUCAAGUACUUAUCCAAAAGGUGCAGCUCCGAGGCAUCUCGUUAUCAGUUCAGCGGCAGCUUCCGCGCUCGAAGCACGUUCCGUCACCCGUGGUAACCCGUGGUCGCCGCCGUUAUCAUCCGUCGCCGUUGUUGUUGGUAGGUCAAUUGCAACCAUGGUGGAUCCCGCCGCGCUCGGUCUAACCGAGGACGACGUCGAGCUGAUUGUGAAGCGCUAUCUCCAGGAGAAACGUGACAAGUAUAACGCAAAAUUCCGUGUGCUAUCGUAUCAUGUGAAGCGAUUGAGCGAAGAACCGAUUGGGUAUCUUGGGGAUCAUUACUUCCUGAAUGUGGUAUUGCGCGAAAAAAUGGUGCAUUAUUCGGCAGAAGAGGAAGAAUACGCGGAGGAAGAAUAUCUCAGUUUCUUUUUGAAAAUUCUACCAGAGCAGGUGCCCAAAUUGGCGGACUACGUGCGGGAAAUGGGUUGUUUCAGGAAAGAAAUUCAACUUUACACCCAUCUUAUUCCGAGACUUCAGGACGUUACGAUAGGGACAAAACCUUUCGCGCCCAGAGCCUAUCUCACAAAGGACGAAAAGUUGCUCGUCUUUGAGAACCUUAAGGCCGAAGGUUACCGUAUGUUAGAGAACAAUAAGAGUUUGUUAGAUUUUGCCCACUUGGAAGUGGCCCUCAAAACCGUAGCCAAAUUGCAUGCUGCUUCCCUGGUGCUGGAAGAACGAACCAAACAGCCCAUCGCGAAGCUCUAUUCGGGACAUUUGAACGAGAACGUCUACAUCGAUGACGAGACGUACGUCCGCAAAACGAACCUCGACAAUGCCAUCAAAGCGCUGUGCGAGCUCAUAAAGCGCAUCGACAAAUACAAAAACUCCGACAAGCUGGACUACAUCCUCGGAAAGUUUCCGGAGGUGAUUAGGAGAAUUUACGACUUUGCCCGACCGUCGACAGAGUACCGGAACGUCUUCAACCACGGCGAUUUGUGGAACAACAAUCUGAUGUUCAAGUACGACGAGCCGGAGAAAACCGCACCGAACAGCGAUCCAGGCGCAUGUGCGGCCGAGGGCGGUGCUACCGGGCAGCAAGAGCACCAACCACCAGAAGAGCAGCAGCAGCCGCAGAGCAUGGCAAACGUUUCUCGUCGCACAGGCCAUCCCAUGCCGACCGCCGGAAUACUGCUGGAUUAUCAACUGUCGCGCUACGCUCCGCCGGCUUUGGACGUUUUCACUGUCAUCACCCUGGGCAGCGUAAGCACAUUCCGCGCCAAGCACCAGUCCGCUCUGCUGGGCGCCUACUACGAUGCUCUGCGUGCAGAACUUGCCCUCCACCAGCUGGACAUUGGCCGGAUUCUGCCCCGCAGCGAGUUCGACGCCUCCUGUGAGUACUACGAGCUGGCCGGACUGGUCGAGAGCUGCCUCUUCAAUAUGACCAUUCUUGUCCCGAUGGAAAUCGCCAAACCGCUGAUGGACGGGUCGGCGCCAUUCGACGAUUUCAUUCGUGACGAGCGUACCAAAGUGCAGCUGAUUGUGCGGUCCUUCGAAAUCGAUGCCACAUUCCGCGACCGGUUCACCGAUAUUUUGUCGGAGAUUAUCGAUAAGUAUGUUCUUGGCGCGAUUUAAUCAGCAACGAUUGUAGGAGACGCUUUGAAUAUUUGAUUACCCAAUGAUAUUGAACCAUUGAUAUUGUAUUGUAAUUAUUCACCAUAAUUAUCCUGAUAUAAUAACAACACUUGUAAUCUGUCA